AUGCAGUAUGUUCGUCCCGUGUUAUUGUGGUCCACUGCGGCCACGCAUCGCUUAGGUUUUGGCUGGGGCAACAGCAGAAACGGCGGCGGCACCAGUAGUGGUAGUUUGCCUAAUAAUAGCAGUAACAGCGGCGGGGCUGACGUGGGCGGGUACGCUACGGCCACGGAGUUCGUCAGCAAGGCCGCGGCCCUGAAGCGCCGGCUUCGAGGCCGCGGACAGUACGAAUUCGCCCGGCGUGAGGCGGAGAGGUUCCUUGAGGCGGAGGUCCCACAGAGUGCGACGCACGUGUGGAUGGAAAAGGGCACGAAUGCGCUGGCCUUGUCGCAGCUGCUAAGUUUUUUUGAAAUCGAUCCCGACGCUACUCUGCUCACCCUCGUCACAAACAAACUUGUGCGGUUGAUGGAGGACACCCAUGUCGACGGUCUCACGCGUCUCCAUGCGGCCAUCGCAUUGUCCCCGCGUGGGGAGCAGUACAUGGAGCGCAUCUUCGUCGCGGUAGAGGGUGUGCUGCAGCAGGCCGCCCGAGACAACGCCUACAACGGUAACAGCAACAAUGUUAGAGACCUCACAAUGCGGUGGAACAUCGUUGAGCUUGCGGCGAAGGUGAUGCAGCGCAAUGGCAAGCAUGCUCCCAGCGUACUAAAUGAAUCCUUGUCGCAGAUGGUGAUGGCGCAACUAGAGCGCACGCCGGCGACAGAGUUGCCUCACCUUCAAGUCUCGCUUCUGCGAGUGUACGGUUGGAUGGUUCGCGUUGGCAAAGUGGCGGAGGCGAAUCACCUGCUUUUUGCCCUUGUGGAGCAUACAGGCGACUUCCAUGGCUACGACUUCUCCACACUAAUGAGUUCAUGCCUUCGCCACCAUCUGCUUUCCCCUUUGCCGCUCCCAUUGCUCCAUCGCAUGGCACGUGUGGGGCUGAUGUACGCAACAAAUGCUAAUGGACGCGAUGUGGCGUCCAUUCUUGCAUCGUUUGCCCGCAUGCUAGGAUCACUGGAAGCAGGAAAAGACGCUGUAACUCAGCGUGACGUGGGGGAACUCGGUGGACGAAUGAGUAUGCUUCUAGAGGAGUAUGAGCCGCGUGUUUUACGGCUGUUGGACAGCAACGACAAAAUUUACUGGACACACUGUGACGAUAUCACUUCCAUUGCUUUUGCCUACGAAAUGGGUGGGCGACUGCGCUACAGGCACGUCUUCGUCGCCUACCAAGGCUACGUUGCGAAUAACGUUACCCGCUUUGAGCCUCAGCAGCUCGCCAUGGCGUCUGGCAUCCUCCGUCGUUCACACCUCCUCUCGCGGGAGUUGGCGGUGAAGCUCGGCGAGCGUAUUGAGACGGUGUUGGGGGAGUUUUCUCUCUCCGAGAUCAGCCACAUAUGUGCCACAUUUGUCUCUAUGGCGCCUGCCUGGAUGCCUGAGGCGAAGGUGGUGGCGGCGCGCCUGCUCAACUCUGACUGCAGCAGCUACACAAGGUUGAUGCUGACAAUGGCCUUCCCGGAGGAUGACACCCUCCACUCGCAGAUCAACUACAAGGAGAUAUCUAGUCGGCAGCUGGUGGAUGCCAUGACUCUGGCAAAAGGUGUCAACGUUGAGGGUCUUGUCAUUGCCGAACUCACAGCACGCCUCAGCGCGGCGCAGGAUCUAUUUUCACCGGAUGACCUGCGCGUGGUGCAGGCCUCUGGACGACAGGACCUGUUGACGGCCUGCACUAUGUACCUGUCAAGCCGCUUUGCCGAAGCAGAGUGGACGACAGAUACGCUGUACAGCUUGCCGCUGGCCUCGGGCAUACCCCAUGCCCGGGAUUCCGUUAAGGCGCUGGCGGCAGCCAAGGCGGUAUCCAUUUCACCUGAGCAGUAUGUUUCGCUUGUCGAGCUUCUCACGAGCACCUUUGGUGAGGAGUCAGACGAGGCGAUGGUCGACUUUGUUCUCACGGGUGGAGUGGAGCUGCUAGGCGAUGAAAAGAUUCAGCUAAGGACGGUGCUGCGGUACCUUGAGGCGGUACGUCCGCUCCGCAAGAUGCACCCUAAUUCCGACUGGAUAGCGCUCUUCAACGAGAAAAUGCUGCGCCACACGCAUAACGCGCGGCCGCGCGAGCUUCAAAGGCUGCUAUCGUCGCUGCGAGAGGUGUAUGGGGAGGUGGCACAGCAGCCCCUGCUGCAGCAGACAGUCACGGAGAUCGUCCGCGGCGCCUACAGCCGUAUGGCACAGCCAGACGAGGAGGCGGCGCAGACCACGGUCCUCCUAGCGCAGCUGCAGCACGGCAUGCCAAAUCCACCGCUGACGGAGCUCACACCAUUAGUGGCCGCCGUGCGCGACAACGCGGCGAUGUAUCCCACGGAGUUGCGGGAUGCCGUUUUGGGCAUGUCCUUCCCGAAGGAGGUGGAGCCGAAGCGGGUGGGCCGCUUCACGUUGAGGGCAGUCCGGGCACUGGGGACCGUGACGCCUGCAAUACCACCGCCGUCCUAUGACGUGAACGUGGCGUUGGACGUUGACCCUUUUGGGGCCUCGCCACAAGACGCUGCCGCCGACGCAACGUCACCGCCAUUACCAUUGCAUCCACCAGCCGAAGAACAGCAGCAGCAGCAGCAGCAGCAAUCUCAGUCGUCAUCGACGUGCAACGCGGGAGCCGUGCCAGUAUUCGACACCUCCGCUGCAGCGUUCGUUGCGAAGGGUGUUCUUCACCCACCAACGACAAACGCAGGGGCGUCCGAGGCUGCCGGAGAGGCUCAGGAGAAUGUCACCAGAGCCAGCCACAACGUUACUCAGGAACAGCUCGCGGAGUCUGCAUCGGUCGCACCGCCCGCGGUGCCCACUGCCACUACGCCUGCCACACACUCAGGUACGAGACUAUGGCACCUCUUCGGUACCGCGUCGAGUUCUAGUACGACGCAGCGAGAGCCAGCGACGUCUACCCCUCCGGUGGUCCAAGCACAGCCAUCAGAAGAGCCGCGUGCGACAGAGUCUCCCCCGGGGUUAUCGUACAUGAAAUUGUUUGACCCAGGCCGGUUGCCCAACACGUGGCAUAACGUGGCGCAACCGGAUCCUCAUGCAAGUGAAACGGCCAACAGCAGCAGCAACAACAACAACACGGAAGAGCAACUUCGGCCACGUCGAACAAACCUUCCUCGACUCGACUCCCAAGCCUCUUCCACGGAUGUUCAUGCUCCAGCCGCCGUCCAAUCUUCCUUUGCCCUCGAAUCACCUCGGUUCGGUUACGAUGGGUGGAGUACGUCAGAAAACACGGCGGCAACAAACACCGCGUCGACAUCGGGGUGGGCAUCUUCGUGGAGUGCGAUACAGCCACCCGUGGCGCCUGCACCGGGGAACUCCAUGGCGGCGCAGCAUCUCUCUUGGUUGUCGCCGCACAUGCCGUCGUCGUCGUCCGGAAGGGCAUUUGGCGGCGACGGCAGUUCCUUCGGCGUUUCCGCCCAGCAGCAGCAGCAACAGCAGCCACAACAACAACAACAGCGGGUGCAGUCAGCGUACCGGAUGACACCACGAGGUGGUGUGGCGGCUCCAGGUAAUCACUUGUUUGUGGACCCCGUCUCUAGCCCACGGAGUCGGCCACUCAUUACGAAAAAGAAUCUCUCGAUGAAGGCGCAGCAGCCCUCCGAUGCAUCAUCGUUAGACGAGGAUAUUAACCAGAUGUACGCAAAGACCCCGAAGGGCGCUAAUGAAGGGGUAUCAAAUUUCAUGAGGAAAGCAGGUCUUACAAAGAUCACGGCAUAUAACAUGAGUCCGGCGGAGGCCGAAACAGGUGCCGGAGACCGAAAGGGUUUCUGGGCCGAUGUCAUUGGGCAAUCAGUGCGGCGAUCAAAGGGCGACAGUCGACGAACCAGCAAGAAACCGAAUAAACUCUCAGAGUGGCUAAACGCACCACCAAAGCAUGCCGUGGCGCCAACUCGAAAGGGUCGAGCGACAUCACCACCACCACCACCACCACCACCGCAGACGCCGGCGCCGGCGUCUGCGGCUAAAGGCAAGUCCAGGGCGAAGAGGAAGCGAGGGGGCGGCAAAGACCAUGCGUCUGCGGCGGCAGCCUCACGAGGUAAGGGCGCCCACGCGAAGGUGCCCACAUCGAAGGCCACUAAGGCGGCAUCGGCAAAGACAGUCUCGAAAGGGGCACCGAAGGCGUCAGCAAAGUCCGUUGCAGCAAAGCCGAAGAGGCCGCCGGAGAAUAAGAAGAUGACGAAGAAAAAGAAUGAAAAGAAGCCCGUGGUGAAAAAGGCAACUCCGUCAACGUCCUCUGCUUCCGCCAGUGCAAAGCAUAAAACCGCAAAGAAGGCGAAAAGGUGGUAG